UCACAGACCCAGAGUGGACUGUAGAUUAGCUGAACUGUGUUCAGGACGGCCUGAUGCUGGAUUAUCCUUCUUGGGCCUCUUUGGAGCAUUUGAGUCAGUGCUCUAGGAAUUAUAUAUUUUUCAUCUGAUAUUGAUUUUUAUCAUAGAAUCAUUGAAUCAUUAGUGUUGGAGAAGACCACUAAGAUCAUCUAGUCCAGUUAUCAACCCAACCUCACUAUGCCCACUAAAUCAUGUUCUUCAGUACAACACCUACUAUUUUCUUGAAGACCUCCAGGGAGGGUGACUCCUCUGCCUCCCUGGAUAGCCUGUUCCAAUAACUCACCACUCUUUCAAAGAAUAAUUUUUUCCUAAUAUCUAAUCUGACCCUCCCCUGGUGCAACUUUAAGGACCAUUACUUUUCAUCCUAUUGAUUUUAACUGGAAAAAGAGGCUGAUCUCCACUCUGCUACAGCCUCCUUUCAGGUAAUUAUCUUGACAGCUUACUUACAAGCCUGACAUCUACAAAGAACACUUUGUGAUGGUUGUUGGGUGUUUGGUGCUCCUAUAAUUUUUCCCUUUGGGGGGGAAAAAAAAAAAGAAUGUAAAAUCUUUUAUUGGCCUUCAUAUCAAUUUAUAAGAUGAUUAUGUAAUUGCUAUCAGAGAAAAACAAAAUUCCAUAGAAGAAGGAAAGUAUUUUCAUCUCAAUUCUGUAUUUCAUAGGUGUCAAGAUCUCUGGUGGCUAAGAUAAAACCUUAGUUACUUGAUGUCUAGUAUUACCAGAUGAGCUGUUCACACAGUGUUUGAGUUCCUCAAAUUGCAAAGGUGACAGCUCUUUCCCCGUGUGUACGUUGUUUGAAAAAUUGUUGCAGUUUAUGAUUUCUUUUUCAUUCAGAGCAAAAGCAGCACACAACCUCUCUUGUGUGCACCAUAUUCCUCUGACCUCAGAGGAGGUAUUACACAUGGCCCAACUGCUUGUCAUGAAAAAAUCUGUCAUGGGGAGAGCCAACAAACUGUAAAAAAACACUAUAUAGUGGAAGUUCAGCAUUUAACCUACCUCACAGAAAUACUGCUGCUUCUAAUCAUCUCAAGUGAGAGAUCGCUUCAUUUUGUUGUUUCUGUUGAUUUGUAAACAUUGCUAGGACGACUCUUUCACUUAUGGGUGGGUAUUUUUCUCUGAAGGCCUUUCUAUGUAUCUUGCCUCAGCAUUUUCAUAAAAUAUCUUUCACCUGUCAAGUUGUCAACUGCUGUCAAGUCAGCAGUUUUACAAUGAAAGAAAGACACGGUACCUGGCAAGCAAGAAUUUAGGUUUCUCUAUGAGUUUUGCUGAGAAACAAAAUAGAUUUUAAAACAGCUAAUAUUAAAACUGAAGCUAAUAUGAGUUCUGUCAGACAAAUGAAAUGAAAGUUUCUUCUCUGAGUCAUUCAUUUAAAAAUAAAUAGAUCAUGACAAAUCUAAAUGCUGAAAAUGCAACUGAACUGAAAAAUUUUAUGUUUAAAAAAAAUGAAAGAAUAAAAGAAAGUGCAACAAACCAUGGAAAGUUUUUUCAGCAUCUUAAUCUUCCCCUGAAAAUUACCGCAAUAUUUAACAAUUUCAGUGGAGAAAAGUUUGGUCUAGUUUGUCUUAUUUUAAAGUACCAAAACUGAGUUUGAAGGGAAAAAGAAAAAAAUUUAGACUUACUGAUUUUUUCACUGUCUAAAGAGGUGUUUAAUAUGUAUUUGUAGAAAAUGUCUACUUCGUGCACCAAAUGCAGUUAUGAGUAACUUUGAAAGUAGGGAAGGAGGAAGUUCUGUGAAAUAAACAAAUUUUGACAAUAUGUGGCACCAUAGUGUCCUCUUGUGGUCUUUUAACGUGUAAUAUUUUCUAGGAGAGAAACAGCAAAAAUGUUCCAUUGCAGGUAACAUACCAGCCCUUGUACAAAUAUAACUUGAACUUUCUUUGCCUUAUUUUUCCCCUAAAAUGUCUUACGGAGAACUGUACUUUGCAUCUCCUAUGAACUCUUAUUACUCUCUCGUUCUUACACGUUCUUAAUGCAUAGAUACACGUGUUGUCCUCUCCAAUAGACCUUGUUCACUGACUGCUUAUCAUUAAAUAGAAGCCAACAUUUGUCAGUGAGAAACCUUUGCAACCAGGUUACUAGUUUCCGGCCUGCUUUGUUCAUAAAGCUGGUUUGAUCCUCGGAUGUGGAGAAGCAGGAAUGUGCUGAAAAUGGAAGCUCACUGUGUUCAAAUCCUAGCUAUGAAUUUGUAGGAUUUCUGCCAAGCCUUGUGUUCAGUGAAGCUGUACCUUGGCUGUGGCAUGUUUUGUAAUGAUAGUUUUUCUGAUGGUCAGCAUUAGGCUACUUGUCACCCAGAUUACACUUGAGUGGGAAAAAAGUCCCUUAAAACAAGUAAGUUACAGACUCAUUGUGGUACAUAUCCCAGCACAACGUGAUGGGGCAUCUGGAUCCCCUGCAAUAACCCUUCAAAUUCCUCAGAGGAAACACCAUCAUAGCCCAAAUAGAAUACUUCCAGCUUGUAGUACAGCUGAAGUUGUAGUAUUUAAAUAUCCAUGUUUAUGCGCUAGCUUUAAAACUUGCAAGUAUUUGUUCCUUCCAGGAAGUAAGGGAGAUAAAAGCUAUCUCCAAACAGUUUCUGAUGCUGGGUGGUCUUAUCUUUAAAUAGCAAAUCACUUUCAUUGUGAAGGAGUUGAAAUGGCGUUACAUUCUGUUGUUUCUUGUUAACAUUGCACAUUGCAAGUUGGUAAGCUAACAAUUCUCUGGGGCUCAUAUAAAAAGACAUUCGAUGUACUACAUCACCUGGUGAAGGCUGAGUCAGGCUGAGGUAACUUUACUGAUAGUAAUUCUGUGUUCACUUUCUCUCAGGAUCACUGUAGGCAAAUCAUGCCAGAAGCUGUAGAUUGUCACCUGUUGGGGAUAGAAAAGGACACCUUGCACUUGACAGCUUACUUAGACCAGAUGUUUUUAGUUAAGAGUUUUAUACAGUCAGAAACAGGAACGAAGACAGAAGACUAAGCAUAAACUAAGUCACUCAACAGUAAGUUCUCAUCUUGCCCUUGUAUAUAAAAUUAUUUGUCCCCUGUCAAUUAAUCAUUAAUUUUCCUGUUUUCUUGGUGGACUCUAGACUCUUAUACUUGUGAGCAGUAAUCAAAUGGAAUUCAACCUUAAGAGGUUACAGAAAAUGCUACCUGUUGGUCAUUUUUUUUCUGCAUUUCUCUGGGGGAAAAUACACUGCUGGAGAUAACUGAGUGGAUGGAGUAGCACACCAGCAUGCUUCCAUGUCAGUACUAACAUUUGUAAAAUAACAAAAAAUAACAAAAAAAAAAAAAAAACCUUUCUAAAUUACCCACCCACAGAAGUUGUUAGUAAACUUCACAGACUUCAGUGUGAUUGUAUACAAAAACGUGCUAAUGUUAGGGCUGCUGGGAAAGAGAAGUGAUCUCACUCUCUAGCUCAGUGAGGUACGGUGACUUUUGAAUGGAAGCUGGUUUUGUUUCUUCUCAGAUCUUCUGAGGCUGUUACUGAGAUACACACGGUCACAUGAAGAUACACUGUUGUCAUCCUUAAGUGAGCAAAAUGGCACAAGUAAAAUGCAGUGCGUAUGGAAACACAGGAGUCUUAGAAGUCUUUCCGCUUGUCUGAUCAGUGCUAGGAGGUGUAAUUGUUUUGGCUUUCCCCAGAAGUGGUCUAUCGACAAGUUUGUGUUAAGUGAACUGAGAGACCUGUAACCCCUUGGCUGCAGCCACUCCAUAGCAUGGAUUCUGACCGUUUAUUUCAAAACCCACCUAAUUAAGAAUAGGCAUUACUCAUGAACAAAGCAUUUUCCCUCUUGCUUGUCUCUCAUCUGCUCAUUACAGGUUUUUCUUUCUCCAAGUGACCUAGGGGUUGUUUAGUCAAAAAGGCAGGACAAAUUCAUAAAGCUAGAGAUAAGGUUCUUCUUAGUACAAGGAAUGUUGAAAGCGUCUUCCCUCUGUCUCUGCUCUAGGGCUUCUAUCCUCCCAUAGACUCCUGUAUAGAACAGAACUUACAAUAGUGCUGGAUUGACUUGCUGCUGAUUUAUUAAGAUGUUUUGUAGAUUUUUGAUUAAAAAUACUAGUUCGAGUUGACACUGUAGUAAAACACAUGUAGCAAAAUGUACAAAUGGUUCUGUAAAGCUUUCUCCUCUGAUGACUGUGUAGUAUAUUAAAUUGGGAUCCUUUUACUUUCAAGAGUAGCUUUCAAAAACAGACAAUAAAUAGCAUUAGCAACUAUUAAUUGAUCUUUAAACCCCAUGUGAGGUUACAACAUACAAAGUAGGCCCAGGUGCCUACCAGAUUUUUUUUUUUUUUUUUUUUUUUUUCUAAAGUGCAGCCAGAAUUGGAUUUUUCUGCCUUGGUGACAAGAGGCUGAGACACAACCGUGCCCCGGCCGGCCGGACCCGCCGGGCUGGCACUAAGAACGGUGCGGCCCCCCCCUCCUGAGCAGAGGGGCCAAGUUCAUUUGCCCUGGCAGUCUGCUGCCUUAGCAACUGUCUGCUUUGCACAGGGCUAGGGACGCCGCGGCUCUAGCUAGCGUUCGCGUUUCCCAAGUGGAGGAUUUUACUCUGCACUCCCCCAGCUGCUUCGUGCAGUCCCGUUUUUCAUCUGGCCUCCCUCGGGCUUGCUGUUUGCCAUGCUACUGCUGAGGCUUUCGCGCAGCACGGAGCAGCCACCCCCCCGCCUCCACAAACACAGGAAACGGGGGCAGCUGCCGCAUCUGGAGCUAACGGUAGUGCUCAUAAAAACAAACCGGCUCUCGAAGUGACAGCGUGUCUUUAAUUAAGCCGUUGCCGAUCAACUGAGGCCCGGGGGUAUUCAGUUCAGGGGGUAUUCCCGAGCGUUUCUAAUUGGCGUGCUCUGCUACCCCGGCGUCCCAUUGUAUUUUCCAUCGCGGUAUCGUCUCCCGGGGUUCGCGACCCCGGGGCCGGCGGCUGCGGCCCAGCAAAUGGCGGCGGAGGAGGGAAGCGUCUCCCCGGGGCGCAGAGCGGAGGGAGGCCCGCCCCGCGCCCCAGCUCCCGCCGCCUCCGGGCCCGGCCGCUGCCGCGGUGGCUGCGGGAGGAGGAAGGCGCCCCUUGUCCGUGCCGCCUCCGGCCCCUCCUCCACGCCCGGCGGCGCGAACCCCGUUUCCCGCCCGCGGUCCCGGGGGCGGCGGCCGCCGCUCCGCCUCACCGCCCUGGCGCUCGGAGGGGAAUGGGUGGAGUUGAGGAGCGCGGUUUCCUGAGAGGAAGUGACCGCACGGGGCAGGAAUGCGCCGCCGGCUCUGCGCCGCAUCCCGCCUGCCUCGCUGCGGUGCCGCGGGGAGCCCUCUCCGCCCCGCCAGCCAUGCCGCACUUCACCGUGGUGCCGGUGGAGGACAAGCACCGCGCCGAGUACGACAGCGUGGAAGGGCUGAGCUGGGUGGACUACCGGGAGCCGGCCGCCGCGCCCGCCGCCGGCGACUCCUACGACACCGUCAGCUCGGACGGUCAUGGUAACCAUAAAGAAAACAGCCCUUUCCUCAACAGUUCAGAAGCCAGCAAAGGAGGUGAUUACUAUGACAAAAAUCUGGCCUUGUUUGAGGAAGAACUUGAUAUACGACCAAAAGUGUCAUCUCUGCUUGGCAAGCUGGUCAACUACACUAAUCUUACCCAAGGUGUUAAGGAACAUGAAGAAGCAGAAAGCACUGAUGGUUCCAAGAAGAAAGUAUCAAAAUCACCCAGCAUGGGCACCCUGAUGGGAGUGUAUUUACCUUGCAUGCAGAACAUCUUUGGGGUUAUUCUCUUCCUUCGGCUGACUUGGAUGGUAGGAAUGGCUGGUGUUCUUCAGUCCUUCCUGAUUGUACUACUCUGCUGCUGCUGUACUAUGCUGACAACCAUAUCAAUGAGUGCUAUUGCUACAAAUGGUGUUGUUCCAGCUGGUGGCUCCUAUUUCAUGAUAUCAAGGUCAUUAGGCCCAGAGUUUGGUGGAGCUGUAGGUCUGUGCUUUUAUUUGGGAACAACAUUUGCAGGAGCGAUGUACAUUCUUGGUGCCAUUGAGAUUUUAUUGACAUAUAUUGUGCCACAAGCAGCAAUUUUUUAUCCAUCCGGUGCCCAUGAUGCAUCCAGUGCUAUGCUAAACAACAUGAGGGUGUAUGGAACUGUAUUCCUCAUCUUAAUGGCAGUGGUGGUCUUUGUAGGUGUGAAAUAUGUUAACAAAUUUGCUUCCCUCUUCUUGGCCUGCGUAGUAAUAUCCAUAUUAUCCAUUUAUGCUGGAGCUAUCAAGUCCAUCUUUGAUCCACCUGAAUUUCCAAUUUGCAUGUUGGGCAACAGGACUUUGAUAAGAGAUCAGUUUGAUGUUUGUGCCAAAACCAUAGUUAAGGAUAAUAUUACUGUGGCCUCUAAGCUUUGGGAGAACUUCUGCCACAAUACAAACUUAACCACUGAGAACUGUGAUGAAUAUUUCCUACUGAACAAUGUUACGGAGAUAGCAGGCAUUCCAGGAGCUGCUAGUGGCAUUUUAAAAGACAACUUAUGGAGCAAUUAUUUGGAGAAAGGAGAGGUACUGGAGAAAGCACAUCACCCCUCUGUUGAUGUAGCAGGCCAGAAGAGCAACUUUCAUCUAUAUGUGCUUUCAGAUAUAUCUACUUCAUUCAUGGUGCUGGUUGGCAUCUUCUUCCCGUCAGUGACAGGCAUCAUGGCUGGUUCAAACAGAUCAGGGGACCUCAAAGAUGCACAAAAAUCCAUUCCUGUUGGCACGAUUCUUGCUAUUGUCACCACAUCAUUAGUCUACUUCAGUUGUGUGUUGUUAUUUGGAGCCUGCAUAGAAGGUGUAGUCCUAAGAGAUAAGUACGGCGAUGCAGUGAACAAGAACUUGGUGGUGGGCACCCUUUCAUGGCCCUCUCCGUGGGUCAUUGUGAUUGGGUCCUUCUUUUCUACCUGUGGAGCAGGUCUACAGAGCCUUACCGGAGCCCCUCGCUUGCUGCAGGCAAUAGCGAAGGACAACAUUAUUCCUUUCCUCUGGGUUUUUGGUCACGGCAAAGCAAACGGUGAACCAACAUGGGCUCUUCUAUUAACAGCAUUAAUUGCUGAGCUGGGAAUCCUUAUUGCUUCCCUUGACAUGGUGGCUCCCAUUCUCUCAAUGUUUUUCUUGAUGUGUUACCUCUUUGUUAAUCUAGCAUGUGCAGUACAAACGCUUCUUAGAACUCCAAACUGGCGGCCCCGAUUUAAAUACUAUCACUGGGCUCUCUCAUUUUUAGGCAUGAGUAUUUGCCUGGCACUGAUGUUCAUUUCAUCUUGGUAUUAUGCUUUGGUAGCUAUGCUAAUUGCAGGAAUGAUUUACAAGUACAUUGAAUAUCAAGGUGCAGAGAAGGAAUGGGGUGAUGGUAUCCGGGGUCUUUCACUCAGCGCUGCAAGAUAUGCCUUACUCAGACUGGAGGAGGGUCCUCCACACACAAAGAACUGGAGGCCUCAGUUGCUGGUGCUUUUGAAACUUGAUGAAGAUUUGCAUGUAAAAUACCCAAGAUUGUUAACAUUUGCAUCCCAGCUGAAAGCUGGCAAAGGUUUGACUAUCAUAGGAUCAGUCAUCCAAGGGAACUUCUUGGAAACUUAUGGAGAAGCCCAGGCUGCUGAACAGACUAUUAAAAAUAUGAUGGACAUUGAGAAGGUGAAAGGGUUCUGUCAAGUAGUUGUAGCCAAUAAAGUUCGGGAAGGAAUUGCCCACUUAAUCCAGUCCUGUGGACUUGGUGGCAUGAAACAUAAUACCGUGGUUUUAGGAUGGCCGUAUGGAUGGAGGCAAAGUGAAGAUCCAAGGUCAUGGAAAACGUUUAUAGGUACUGUUCGUUGCACAACUGCAGCCCAUUUGGCUCUGCUGGUUCCCAAAAAUGUGUCUUUCUAUCCCAGCAACCAUGAGCGCUACAAUGAAGGCAACAUUGACGUGUGGUGGAUUGUGCAUGAUGGAGGCAUGUUGAUGCUUCUUCCUUUUCUACUCAAACAACACAAAGUUUGGAGAAAAUGCAAGAUGAGAAUUUUUACUGUGGCACAGAUGGAUGACAACAGCAUCCAGAUGAAGAAGGACCUGGCUACUUUCCUCUAUCAACUCCGAAUAGAGGCAGAGGUAGAAGUGGUAGAAAUGCAUAACAGUGAUAUUUCAGCAUAUACUUAUGAGAGAACUCUUAUGAUGGAGCAGAGAUCUCAGAUGCUGAGGCAAAUGAGGCUGACAAAAACAGAGCGGGAAAGGGAGGCUCAGCUAGUAAAGGACAGACAUUCAAUAGCACGUCUGGAAAGCUUGUACUCAGAUGAAGAAGAUGAGGGGGACACUGUGCCUGAGAACAUUCAGAUGACCUGGACAAAAGAGAAAUGUGAUGCUGAGAAGCGGAACCGAGGCAGUGCUGUGGGAAGCUUUAGAGAUCUCAUCAGCAUUAAACCGAACCAAUCUAAUGUCCGAAGGAUGCACACAGCAGUGAAGCUGAAUGAAGUUAUUGUUAAUAGAUCCCAUGAUGCCAGACUUGUUCUCCUUAAUAUGCCUGGUCCUCCGAAGAACACUGAUGGUGAUGAGAACUACAUGGAGUUUCUUGAAGUCUUGACUGAGGGUCUGGAGAGAGUAUUACUUGUCAGAGGAGGUGGACGAGAAGUCAUCACAAUUUACUCCUGAUUUAGUACAAAUUUCUAGUGCUGGCCUACAUUUACCUUAUUGGUGAUAACGGACAUUCCAGUUUUAAUUGGAGAAGAAAAAAAGGUUUUUCUGCCUAAUUUUCUUCGCAUCCAGUUCUGUUCAUUGUCUUUCUGUUUGCAACAUACAUAUCUUUUUGGGGUUGCAGUAUUGCUACACCAUCCGAUUAGCAAUAUAAUUUAAUUGUGAAGCUGCCACGUUAUUCAGUUUCUGCUUUGAUACUCCGGCAUUUGUGCAUGUAGUUUUACCAUUAAACUUAUUUUUGGACAACACUGCCAUGUGCAGUAUUUUUAGUAACUGUAUGUAAAGUUAGGACAUGAAAGCCAGUUACUGUAAAAAGAUUUUAAAAGCUUUUUAUAUUAGGUUUGGGGAAUAGAAUAACAUUAUAUAGCAGCUAGCUUCUGCUGAAGUUCAGCUACAAAGCAUUUUCUAAGAGCACACUAAGUUGUAAGAGAACUGAAAAAGCUUUUUUUUUUUUUUUCUGGGUUUAUUUCCAGAACUAAAUUCUCAGUAUUGGAUAAGAAUUUAUACUUUUAAUACCUUUAUUGAUAGAGAUUUAAAUAAAUUAUGUUGAUAUAGUUGGAAUUAUGUAUGUAGCUUGCUACAAAUUGUGUUGCUUCUGAGACUUGAGGUUCUGUGAGGCCAGAUCCCUAUUUAUUUUUGUAUUUAUUUGUCAGAAAUAAUGGAUACACAAGGCUGCUUAGGAAUACAGAGAUCUCAUAAUAAAUUUUGAAUCAUCAGUUGAUUGAAGGACCAGUCCUGUGCAGUUUCUCCAUGCUUUAAAUUUCUUGCAAACCAUCCAUCAAAGUACACUGAGCAUAUUGGAGUUCUGUGUGUAGAGCCAAGUGUUGUGCUACAUGCACGGUGAUAGGAUUGCACUUGCACAAGUACAAGGGACCUGCUGCUUCAUUGUAUGCUUUAUGUUCUUAGAGGAAAAGGAAGAAAAGAUGACCUUUAUUAACCAGUAAGUCUCUGGAGAUUUUGUCAAGCCCAGUGAGUUGUACUUUAUGUACAGAACAUUCGUAUUUUUUCAAUAAAAUGUUGCAUAUACUUUGAACCUA